AUGAGGAACAAGGCAUCCUAUUCCAGAGUUCAACUAUGCUUGACCGUGGCGUUUGGUAUGCUGCUGCAGUUAUUUUUGUCGUUCACCUUUCGCCAGAGUACAGAACUUCAGAAACAAUUGAAUAUCGAUGGUGUGACUAUCGGUAAUAAUCCCAGCAUCAGGUGCCGGCAGGAUGACCAAUCAUCUGAGACUGUGCCAAGUACGUCAGAAAUGAUAAGUUCAAAAACUGCAAGUGCCCCAUGUCGCGACGAAAUGAUGAGGAUAAUACAAAGACAGCAAUGCUUUCAACUUCAAGAAUCUUCCAAGUCGACCAAUACUGAGUCCUCUUAUUAUUGUCCUUCUUCUUCUGGUAAUAACAAGAUGAUACAGCACACCAUGCCAUUUCACAACUAUGCCGCAUAUGCUGGACAAGGCUUUGGUCGAAUUGUGGAGCAUACCGUAUUGGGCUGCAUGUUUGCAUCAGUCCUGUUGGAACGUCCUUGCACUAUCGAUUUGGACGUGCGUGACCCGUACUGGACGUGGCGCAGCUUUUUGAACCAUGGAUCCUUGGAUUGGGAGUGGACGAAGCUACAUGACACUAGUAAUGAACAAGUGAGAAACGAAAUCGAACAGGCUAUUGCCAAUCUGCCUUCUACGGCAGGCGAUCAGUGGGCAGGCGAUCAGUGGGAUGUGAAAUAUUUUGAUAAUGACAUUGGUUCUACCAAUACGUCGCUGGUGCUCCCCAUGAUAUGGAAUGAAGGUUGGGAUGUAGAUCAGCACUUGGAAUACUGGACCCAUGCGACUACUACCCCUUCAUCCACCGAGGUCGCAAAACAAAGAGUCCUCCUUUCUCCCAAUUGGGGAAACGCGUGGAACCAGCAUGUGCCAGUGGCAGCCUUGAUUGCCAAAAAGACAAAUGGCCAAUGCAAACUCAAUCAGUUGCGAACCCAGUUACAAAAUGAAAUGUUUGCUCCCACUAGUCUCUCGAGACUUCUUCACCAGCAACGAAUGGACCGAGUCUUUCCGCCACUUCUAAUCCAAGGCGAGAAGGAUCAUCGACCACCACCUGCCACUCCAACUGUGUAUGGGGCAAUUCAUUUGCGUACCGUCUUAUCCGAUGUCAACAUUCGUCGGUCGUAUCUAAGUCUCGAAUGGAUUCGGGCACUGGGGCAAUGUCUCGAUAAGGCUCUGACCAAGCAUCAAGAAUCGUCCACAUCCAAAAUAUCGAACUGGUGGCUGAUAGCCGACAAUCGAACAGUGGCCGAAUACUUCGUCCAAAAGCUUCCCGAGUAUCAUCCUCAUGUCCCCGUCACCGUUGAUAUGGACCCUCAUUUCUGGGAAAAGGAUGGAACCCACAGUGGUUAUGCCAUGAAACAAAAGUAUUUUCAUUCCAAAAUGGAAACCUCCAUGAUGGAUUUCAUGGUCCUACACGAGGCUCAAGUGGCCGUGGUGUCACACGGGUCCUUUGGCACCACUGGGGCCCGGGGGAAUGGAAAAGUCAAGGUUCAAGUUUGCGCUCCACAAAAAGCAUUCUCCAUUUUCGUAAAUCCAAGCUGA